CUGAAAGUUUCUGCAAACAGCCGCUCAGAAGUUCAUGUGGGAAUCAAGUUGGAGUGAAAUCUGCGUUUUAGAGAAUCUUCGUGAUGGCGAAGCGAACAGGAAGACUGAAGAACCAGCUGCCGACUUGCUAUUAUGAAGGAUAUCUGGAGAAGAGGUCGUUUAAAGACAAGACGUCCAGGAAACUGUGGACGUGUCUUUGUGGAAACACGCUUUUCUUCUUCAACGAUAAGAGAGACAGCGAUUACGUAGAGAAAAUGGAUCUCAGAGGACUGAUCUCAAUAACAGACGACAGCAGCCAGGACCGGAACUUAGACGCAGCCAGACUCAACGUCCAGAUGAAGGAUGAGAACAUUAAAUUCACUGCCCCAAACGCAGAAGCUCGUGAGCUUUGGAAGGGUUAUAUCAACUCUGUGGCAAAGCUGUCUGUGCCCACCUCCCUCAACCUGCUGCCUGGUCAGAUCCACAUGCUGAAGGAGGCUGUAGAAAAUGAGAGAGAAAGGCAGAAAAGCGCUCCCCAACCUCCUCCUCCUCCUCCUGCCGCCAGCUGCUCUCCUUACGUCACCCCUCAGCCAGACAUGCCAGCCUGUUAUCACGCCGUGUCACGCCUGGAGGCAGAGCUGCUGCUGGACAGAGAAGCCAAGAGAGGAAACCUGCUGCUGAGGCCUGGAAGUAGCGGGAACUCUUUCGCAGUCUCCACCAGGCAGGAUCAUGACGGUCCUGUAUUCAGACACUACCGGCUGACUCGUAAUCCUGAAGGAGGCUUCAUCAUCGACGUGGACAAUCCUGUCCACUGUGACACCCUGUAUGAGGUGAUCGACUACUUAGUGGAGAAAACUGACAGAGUUUUGAUCCCCCUCAUCAUCGAGGAAGCGUACGAGAAGAACAUCUCUUUUAUUCAGUCUGAUAAAGAAAAUGGAGAACAGAAGGUUGUCGUCCCGCCAACUCUUCCUCCUAAACCAGUUGCUAUAAAAAUACCACAUCGUGAGCCAGAGCCGGAACCAGAUCCAAUCAUAGAGGAAAACAUCUAUCUGAAUGAUGAGUUUGAAGAAGAAAAGGGGGAGGAGGAGGAGGAUUCCUCGCCUGCUCCGCUGCCACCAGAGAACAAACCCCAGAAGAAGCCGCUGAUGCCUCCGAUCGCUGCUCCUCGAAGGUCACUCAACGCUGCAACACCUUCCUCCACCGCCUCGUCCACAAACACAGAUCCCAGGAUGAGAUCAGACACAGACCCUUACAAACACAUGCCUCUUGCAACAAUAUCAGAGCUGAAGCUGAAGUUCGAACAAAGGGCGAAGACUCAGCAGUGACAUCUUCUGGUUGGAUCCUCUUAAAGCCAUCUGUGAAAAAGUGCCAGAGCAGAGCAGGGCAAAGCAAAGCAGAGCCGCUGUCCAGUUUAUCGCUGGAAGAUGCAGGAAGGAGCAGAGACGAGUUUGUUUCCACACUGAUAACAUCCUCCUCCUUGGCCUCGAGGCUCGGCUGCUCCUCGUCGGUUUGCUGUCAGCAGCAAAGCCUCUCUGAAGAUUAACGCCGCAUCGAUCCGCCCUCUUCUUGGACGCUCAUUAGCAGAUUGAUUGACUGUAAAGGAGGAUGUUAACGUCACAUUAUCUGUGCCGUGUUUCUCUUGUACAUUUUGCACAUUUGCCACCGACUGUGGUUCUUUAUCAGAUUCAGUAUCAGUGUUUUUUUCAGUUUAUUUUUUCUGUUAAAGUUUAUAUUAGAAGGCUAAAUUUGUUCUGCCUUACAGACGUGAUGUUCAUAUACACUUUACAUGUAUAAAUAUAUAUAUAUAUAUAUAUAUGUGUAGAGAGAGAACACAAAGUAUUACUGCUUCUCCACAGUGAUUCAAACCCUUGAUGGAAGAAAAAACAGAACUUACAGUUGAACUAUUUUACCUCUUGUAUGUGAAUGUAUUGUAUAUAGUUGUUCAGUGAAUCUGCUGCAUAUUACGUGCCAUGAAAACCGUAAAUGAAGUCCCGUACUUUGUCUGUUUU